GAACAUGAGCUAGCCACCAGGCUAAUGCUUCAUGGCCUGAACAUGUAACUGAUCGGAUGCCUGACUGUUUGAUUAACAGGUGAGGACUUUGAGGUGGUGCAGCAGGAGAUCAUUGUGAUGAAGGACUGCAAACACUCCAACAUUGUGGCCUACUUUGGCAGCUAUCUCAGGUAAGACUGACAUACUGAUAGAUCAGUUGGACACUAAUGAUACAGCUGUUUCAGGCAGCUAUGCCUGAAAUGGACUAUGUUGUCAUUUUGGAUGGAGCUAAGUUUCAAGUACAGCUAAAAUGUCCGUUUUUGGUCUAAUUGAGACCUGUUGUCUGAUUGAUGCUGUGAGUCUUGCAGUCCCAGUCUUGCUGUCUUGUGGUCUGUUGUGUAUCACUUUCCUUCUCCUCCAGGAGAGAUAAAUUAUGGAUCAGCAUGGAGUACUGCGGAGGAGGAUCUCUGCAGGAUAUUUAUCACGGUAGGACACACACAAACACACUUACGCACAUAGUCUCUUCAAGCAGACACCUGUUCUCACAUUCACAAAGUCACUCACACUGUGGUGACCUACGCAUUCACCCAUGCUCACAGUCACCCUAAUUGAAUAGCUGUGUUUUCAUCUAAAAACCGACCAUAAAGCACAAUAAAUGAAAGCUUGUUGCAAUCAAUAUCCACACUCUUUCCACUUUUCCAACUUAAGCUGUCAUAGCCAGCCAGCCAGCCAGCACAGUAAAUAGCAGUCUUAAGUGAAACAUCUGGUGUUGAACUCUAAAUUGUGUAUGAAACGCUUGAGAUACUUUGUGUUGCUCUUAAACUCUGUCCUCAUCCUUCCUCCUCUCCAGUGACUGGGCCUCUGUCCGAGUCUCAGAUUGCGUAUAUGUCACGGGAAACCCUUCAGGUAAAUUUUUUUCCCUGCUGCCGUGUGAAUCUAUGGGUCAGAUUGAAUAAGAAUGAGUGAUAUGUUGUUUUCUUCCUUCCUUACAGGGUUUGUACUAUCUCCACAACAAAGGCAAAAUGCACAGAGACAUUAAGGUAAGGCCAUGUCAAUGAUGGCAAUAAGCAUGCUUUCAAGUAGAGACGAUUGACUUUCAAACCUUAUUUGUCUUUGCAAAAUACCUCUGAAAUGUUGUUUGAUGUGGUUAUUUUUUGCCUGACCCUAUAACUUUUUCUCAUAGGGAGCAAAUAUUCUAUUGACAGACAACGGCUAUGUGAAAUUAGGUAAGGCCUUGGACAACCAUUACUUUCCCCUCAACCAGACAUCAGUUCCCAAAGCCUCACCUUGACUACUUAGGCUGCGUUCACACAGGCAGCCCAAUUCUGAUAUUUGUUUUCCACUAAUUGGUCUUUUGGCCAAUCACAUCAGAUCUUUUCAAAUCAGAUCUUUUUCAGAUAAAAAAUCUGAAUUAGGCUACCUGUCUAAAUACAGCCUAAGUUACCUAUUAGAAUCAGAUCUCACAAUACCUCUAUUUUUUCUCAAUUUCCCCUCUCUCUCCUUAGCGGACUUUGGUGUAUCAGCACAGAUCACUGCUACGCUGGCUAAGAGGAAGUCCUUCAUUGGAACUCCAUACUGGUGAGCUUGUCCCCUGGUCCCUCCCCUCAGUGUCACACUAUGGAUGAGCUCUGACAUGAUGGUGUGGUUAAUUGACUUAUUGAUCUAAGGAUGUGACAGACCAUUCAUAUUGCUCUGGACAGUGUUAUGAUUAGUGUUACGGUGGGAAUUGAUUGACUCGCACUGAUUAAUUGGCUCAUGACUGAUGUUAAGUACUCUCUCUCUCUCUUUUUUUUUUCCUCUUUUUUUUCUCUCUCUCCUCUCUCCCUCUCUCCUCUCAGGAUGGCUCCAGAGGUGGCAGCAGUGGAGAGGAAGGGGGGCUACAACCAGCUGUGUGAUAUCUGGGCCGUGGGCAUCACAGCCAUCGAGCUGGCCGAGCUGCAGCCUCCUAUGUUCGACCUGCACCCCAUGAGGUGAGUCUGUGUGCUGGGCGAUGUGUGAAUGAAGCCUUGUGAAUGUGAUGCUGGAUAUUUCUUGCACUUUUUUGUACUUUGUGUUCUAGAAACCAAGUCUGUUUUCUUACUUUCCAGGGCCCUUUUCUUGAUGACAAAGAGUAAUUUCCAGCCGCCCAAAUUGAAAGACAAAGUGAAGUGGUAAGGGUUCCCGUUCUCCUCUGUGAAUAGCAGGGGUUGGAACCUGUUCAGGGAACAGAACCGGAAAAUAACAAAACAUUUCAAGGAACAGAACCUGGAACAAAAGUGAUCCAUACUGUACUGGAAUGGAACUGUUGGCUCUAACCAGAAUAGAAAGAGGAGUGGGAGGCCCCGGUGCACAACUGAGCAAGAGGACAAAUACAUUAGUGUCUAGUUUGAGAAACAGCUGCCUCACAGGUCCUCAACUGGCAGCUUCAUUAAAUAGUACCCGCAAAACACCAGUCUCAACGUCAACAGUGAAGAGGCGACUCCGGGAUGCUGCCCUUCUAGGCAGAGUUGCAAAGAAAAAGCUAUAUCUCAAACUGCCCAUCUUAAUCUUUUAUUUUUAUUGGCCAGUCUGAGAUAUGGCUUUUUCUUUGCAACUCUGCCUAGAAGGUCAGCAUCCUGGAGUCGCCUCUUCACUGUUGACGUUGAGACUGGUGUUUUGCGGGUACUAUUUAAUGAAGCUGCCAGUUGAGGACCUGUGAGGCACCUGUUUCUCAAACUAGACACCUAAUGUAUUUGUCCUCUUGCUCAGUUGUGCACCGGGGCCUCCCACUCCUCUUUCUAUUCUGGUUAGAGCCUGUUUGCGCUGUUCUGUGAAGGGAGUAGUACACAGCGUUGUACGAGAUCUUCAGUUUCUUGGCAAUUUCUCACAUGGAAUAGCCUUCAUUUCUCAGAACAAGAAUAGACUGAUGAGUUUCAGAAAAAAGUUAUUUGUUUCUGGCCAUUUUGAGCCUGUAAUCGAACCCACAAUUGCUGAUGCUCCAGAUACUCAACUAGUCUCAAGAUGGCCAGUUUUGUUGCUUCUUUAAUCAGCACAACAGUUUUCAGCUGUGCCAACAUAAUUGCAAAAGGGUUUUCUAAUGAUCAAUUAGCCUUUUCAAAUGAUAAACUUAGAUUAGCAAACACAACGUGCCAUUGGAACACAGGACUGAUGGUUGCUGAUAAUGGGCCUCUGUACGCCUAUGUAGAUAUUCCAUUAAAAAUCAGCAGUUUCCAGCUACAAUAGCCAUUUACAACAUUAACAAUGUCUACACUGUAUUUCUGAUCAAUUUGAUGUUGUUUAAUGGACAAAAAAAUUGCUUUUCUUUCGAAAACAAAUACAUUUCUAAGUGAUCCCAAACUUUUGAACGGUAGUGUACAGUUAGGUAAAUUAGAAUACGCUCUUAUCCAGAGAGAUUUAGGCCUACAGUCAGUGCAUUUAACUAAAAUAGGUAAGACAACCACAUCACAGUCGCAUAUUGCAUUACUGAAAUGAUUUUCAAUACUUCCUAAACAAACACAAUAGCCUACAUAUUUCUGCGUACACAAAUGAGCAUGGACAGGAGUGAUUUUUAUCGGGAAGGGACAGGAAAGUUCCGAGGUUAUAGAACUGUUGCGGGAUCAGGACCGUACAGGAAAGAAAUUGACAGGACAAGAUGUGACAGGAAUACAUUUUCACUCCCAUGACAACCUUUAAUUCCCAGUGCUUCAAGCCUCCUCCUCAACCCUCUCUUGCUCUCUCCCCACCCGUAAAAUUCCAGUCGCAUCUUGCGCCAUUGGUUACACUUGUCUGUCCAUCACGCAUGUAAACAACUAGCUUGCCUGCUCUAUCCGCACUGAUUGGUGAAGUAAUUUCAUGAGCUAAAUGUAAAAAAUGGUUGGAUUUCACAGGUUACAAAAGGAACAAUAUAAACCGUUACUUUUUUUUGCUGGUCGGAUCAGUGGAACAGAACCAAAACAAUUGUGAUUCUGUUCAGAACGAAACGAUUGGAAAAUAAUUUAGGUUCCAACCCCUGAUUUUAAAAUUCAUAUUACAAUCAUAAAUGCUCUAACAUGUAUCUAUCUUUUCUAUCUCCUAUGAAAGGGGAAAUAACUUCCAUCAUUUUGUCAAAUUGUCCCUGACGAAAAAUCCCAAGAAGAGGCCAACAGCUGAGAAACUAUUACAGGUACUCCCAGUCUAAAUGGAAACACUAGAUUUGAGUGUCUGUCAAGAAAAUAUGUUAACCAGCCAAUCAUUGAUUACCAGUUCAGAGCAGUGUAAAUGUAGGCUGUGACCUCACAUCCUCUUCCUGUGUCCACAGCACCCAUUUGUGUCACAGCCUCUCAGUCGAACCCUGGCCAUCGAGCUGCUGGACAAAGCCAACAACCCAGACCACACCACAUACAACGACUUUGACGAUGACGACCCCGAACCAGAGGUACAGUCACCACCCCAACCUUUACAGCUCCAGUUUUAUCCAAUCAAAUGGCAGGAUGAAGACUGACACCUGUCCUCAUUGGUCGUACCAUCGUUCUGAUCUCUUCACUGUCCGAGUUCUACAUAUUUUCUCUCUCCCUCCUCCUCCAUUAUCCCUCUCUCUGCUCUUCCUCCUCCUCAGUUUAAGUAUAAGGGCCACUUCCUUCCCAUCACCCCUGGUGCUCGGCGAGCUCCUCGCUUUGCCAUGCGCAAGAAGGUACCAGUGUGGCCUGCGUUAGAACUGCACCAGUACCUCUGUGAUCAGUACCUUUAGUAACAGAGCACUAACUAACACCGGUCUGUGUGUGCUCAGGUAGACUGGACUGGGUCUUGUCAAUGAACCCUGCUUAUGGAGUUGCUGUUACUUAGUUUGUUCAAUUUAUCUGCAUGAAUAGGCUACAUGCAGUUAAACUGAGAAUAAGUUACUCUCAGCUCACACAUGCCUUCUAUUGUGCAUGUACACUACCAGUGAAAAGUUUUAGAACACCUACUCAUUCAAGGGAUUUUCUUUAUUCUUACUAUUUUCUACAUUGUGUGUUGGGUCAUUGUCCUGUUGAAAAACAAAUGAUACUCCCACUAAGCCCAAAACAGAUGGGAUGGCGUAUCGCUGCAGAAUGCUGUGGUAGCCAUGCUGGUUAAGUGUGCCUUGAAUUCUAAAUAAAUCACAGACAGUGUCACCAGCAAGGCACCCCCACACCAUAACACCACCUCCUCCAUGCUUUAUGGUGGGAACUACACAUGCAGAGAUCAUCCGUUCACCAACACCGCGUCUCACAAUGACACGGCGGUUGGAACCAAAAAUCUCAAAUUUGGACUCCAAACCAAAGGACACAUUUCCAUCCAGUCUAAUGUCCAUUGCUCGUGUUUCUUGACCCAAGCAAGUCUCUUCUUAUUAUUGGUGUCCUUUAGUAGUGGUUUCUUUGCAGGAAUUCGACCAUGAAGGCCUGAUUCACACAGUCUCCUCUGAACAGUUUAUGUUGAGAUGUGUCUGUGACUUGUACUCUGUGAAGCAUUUAUUAUAAUAAUAAUAAUAUGCCAUUUAGCAGAUGCUUUUAUCCAAAGCGACUUACAGUCAUGCGUGCAUACAUUUUUACGUAUGGGUGGUCCCGGGGAUCGAACCCACUACCCUGGCGUUACAAGCGCCAUGCUCUACCAAUUGAGCUACAGAGGACCACAUUUAUUUGGGCUGCAAUUUCUGAGGCUGAUAACUCUAAUGAACUUAUCCUCUGCAGCAGAGGUAAUUCUGGGUCUUCCAUUCUGCGGUCCUCAUGAGAGCCAGUUUCAUCAUAGCGCUUGAUGGUUUUUGCGACUGCACUUGAAGAAACCUUCAAAGUUCUUGAAAUGUUCCGUAUUGACUGAGCUUCAUGUCUUAAAGUAAUGAUGGACUGUCGUUUCUCUUUGCUUAUUUGAGCUGUUCUUGCCAUAAUACGGACUUGCUCUUUUACCAAAUAGGGCUGUUUCUGUAUACCCCCCAACCUUGUCACAACACAACUGAUUGGCUCAAACGCAUUAAGAAGGAAAGGAAUUCCACAAAUUAACUUUUUUUAAGAAUCCAGGUGACUACCUUAUGAAGCUGGUUGAGAGAAUGCCAAGAGUGAGCAAAGCUGUCAUCAAGGCAAAGGGUGGCUAUUUGUUGAUUUGUUUAACACUUUCUGGGUUACUACAUGAUUCAAUAAGUGUUAUUUCAUAGUUUUUAUGUCUUCACUAUUAUUCUACAAUGUAGAAAAUAGUAAAAAUAAAGAAAAACCCUUGAAUGAGUAGGUGUUCUAAAACCUUUGACCGGUAGUAUACAUUGGUUUGUUAAAGCUAAUCUUAACAGGCUUGUGAUUUGUCUGGCUAUGUGCUAGGCCAAGGGUGUGUGUAGUGCAUGAACAUGCAUAUGGUAACUAGAACUUGUGAGGUCAAGCUGAGGUGAGGUCAAGCUGAAGUGAGGUCUAGCUGAGGUUUGUUUUUGUUUGUAGUCAUUUAGCAGACGCUCUUAUCCAGAGCGACUUACAGUUAGUGAGUGCAUACAUUAUUUUUUUCAUACUGGCCCCCCGUGGAAAUCGAACCCACAACCCUGGCGUUGCAAACGCCAUGCUCUACCAACAGAGCUACAUACCUGCCGGCCAUUCCCUCCCCUACCCUGGACGACGCUGGGCCAAUUGUGCACCGCCCCAUGGGUCUCCCGGUCGCGGCCGGCUACGACAGAGCCUGGAUUCGAACCAGGAUCUCUAGUGGCACAGCUAGCACUGCGAUGCAAUGCCUUUGACCACUGCGCCACUCGGGAGGUGAGGUCUAGCUGAGGUGAGGUCUAGCUGAAGUCGAGCUGAGGUGAGGUCUACUGAGGUGAGGUCUAGCUGAAGUCGAGCUUAGGUGAGGUCUAGCUGAGGUGAGGUCUAGCUGAGGUGAGGUCUAGCUGAGGUUAGGUCUAGCUGAGGUGAGGCCGAGCUGUGGUGUUCUAUCUGUAUUGUCCUUCAGUAUGUAAUUUGUAUAUCAGUAUGUGCUUGGUCUCACAAGAAGACUGGUAAAGGAAACUUCCACUGAAGUCAAUGGAUGCCGUGUGAAUUUGAGCUCCUUGAUCUGCAUGUUUUGUUUUUGUUGAGACAUCACCUGCUGCCAUGGUUUAAUUGCCUGUUUGCAGUGUGGUCUGUCUUUGCUGUGUUCUGUUGCUGCCGUGGAGGCGUAGAGGUUGUUGUGACUGACUGGGCCAUUGUUCAAAUUUUCCCUGACUAGUAGGUCAGAGGUCAGAACAAUUUCGGCCCCUUCUCACCCUAAAAAACAAAGUUGGUUUGAGCCUCCUGUCGAUAAUUAAAACAUCAAAUAUACAGAUCUUAGUGACAGUAAAUUCUCUUGGAUGCUCAGCACUCUCCUUUUCCCUCAGAGAGAGGUUGAAUUAGGUUUUUGUUAGAUUAUGAAGUUUGCACAGGAUUUAAUAGGACUACAAUUAUUGGACUGAGGAAUGGCACUAAUUUAAGCAUUAUUUUUAAUUUUAAGCAUUAUAAGUUGGGGAAAGGUUAUUUGUGCGUGAUGAUGAUGAUGAUGAUGAUGAUGGUGUGUGUGCGUCCUGUGUGUGUGUGUAUGUAUGUGUCUUGGAUAUUUAGGUCUUCUGUUCUGUUUUCUUCCUGACAGUCUGUUUUCUUCCUGACAGUCUCCAGUGUCUGUUCCCCAUCGGAUUCGCUCCACCAGCAGGAGCACCAGGGAAGGGAAGACGCUGUCUGAGAUCAACUGUAAGUGUCUGUGUGACUGGACCAGUUUCCCGGACCCAGAUUGAACCUAGUCCUGGACUACAAAGCAUGCUUAGUGGAGAAUCUCCAUUGAAUGUGCUUUUUAGUCCAGCAAUUGGUUUACUCUGUGUGACUAUGGUGGAUUCUGUUUUAUCACAGUCUGUGAUUAUUGGCAGUGUGCUUAAUCUGUGGUGUGGAGUGACUGACACAGUCAUUUCUUUGUGAGUUCAUGGUAGUCAUAGUUUAGUGAACCUCUGUCUGUCAGGAUUAACGUUGGCAUGAGUAUAAUCUACUCUUUUCAGCUUCCACAGAUUAACGGCUCCUCAAACCAUGCAGUAAAGGAGCACACACACACACACACAUUCACUCCUCUGUUAAAGUACCUCAGCACACUCACUCAUCUAUCUCUCUACCUGCAGCUGUACAGUUAAACUUCAAAUCCUUUUAGAACGCUGUCAGCUCAGACAGGUCUAUGUUCCUUACUACAUGACUGAUUUUCUUCUCCUCCUCCUUUCCCCCUCUCUCUCUUCUCCUCCCUCUCUCUCUCCUCUCUCUCUCUCUCCCUCUCUCCUCUCCUCUCUCUCCUCUCUCUCUCGUCUAUCGCCUCUCUCUCUAUCUCGCUCCUCCUCUCUCUACUCUCGCUCUCAGCUCUCUCUCUAUUCGCUCCUCUCUCUAUCUCCCUCUCUACUAUCUCACACUCUCUAUCUCGAUCAUCGCUCUAUCUCCUUCUCUCAUCUCUCUCUCCCUAUCUCUCUCCUCCUCUCUCUCUCCUCUCUCUAUCUCGCUCUCUCUCUAUCUCGCUCUCAUCUCUCGCUCUCUCUCACUCCUCUCUCUCAUCUCUCUCUCUCCUCUCUCUCUCUCUCAUCUCCGCUCUCUCUCUAUCUCUCUCUCUCUCUCUCUCUACUCUCUUCGCUCUCCCUCUCUCUCUCUUCUCCUCUCUCUCAUCUCGCUCUCUCUCUAUCUCGCUCUCUAUACUCGCCUCUCUAUCUCUUUGCUCUCUCUCUAUCUCAUCUCUAUCCUCUCUCCUAUCUCUCAUCAUUUUUCAGCUCUCUCUCUCCUCGCUCUCUAUCUCUGCUCUCCUCUUUCUCUCAUCUCUCUCCAUCUCUAUUCGCUCUCCAUCCGCUCUCCUCUAUCGCUCUCCUCUUCAUCCUAUCUCGCCUUCUCUCUCUAUUUUUCGCUCUCUCGCUCUCUCUCUCGAUCUCUCUCUCUAUCUCUAUCUUCUCUCUCUAUCUCUCUAUCUCUAUCUCGCUCUCUCUCUAUCUCGCUCUUUUCUAUCUGCUCUCAUCUCGCUCUCGCUCUAUCCUCGCUUUGCUAUCGUCUCUCUCCCAUCUCGCUCUCUCUCCUAUCUCCUCUCUCUCUAUCUCGCUCUCUUCUCUCUCUCCUAUUCGCUCUCUCUCCUAUCUCGCUCUCUCUCCCAUCUCGCUCUCUAUCACGCUCUCUCUCUCUAUCUCGACUCUUUGCUCUCUCUUUCGCUCCCCUCUAUUGCUCUCUCUCUCCUCUCUAUCUCGCUCUCUCUAUCUCGCUUUCUCUAUCUCUCUUUUCCAUUGCUCUCUCUCCUAUCUGCUUCUCCCUUUUCCCCCCUCCAUCUCGCUUCUCCCUAUUCGCUCUUCUCCUAUCUCGCUCUCCCCUAUCUCUUCUCUCUAUCUCGCUCUCUCUCCAUUUUCGACUCUCUCUCUAUCUGUCUCUCUCGUCUCUAUCUCGCUCUCUCUCCUACUCGCUCUCUCUUUCGUCCUCUCCUUCUCGCUCUUUUCUAUCCGCUCUUCAUGCUCUAUCUGCUCUCUCUCCUAUCUCGUCUCUCUACUGCUUCUUCCCCAUUCGCACUCUCUCUAGUCUUCUCUAUCUCGCAACUCUCUCUAUCUCGCCCCUCUCUCUAUCUCGCUCUCCUCUAUCUCGCUCUCUCUCGCAACUUUUCCUAUCUGCACUUUCUCUCUAUCUCGCUCUCUCUCUAUCUCCAUUCGCUCUUUUCUAUCUCCUAUCCCUCUCUCUUUCCUAUCUCGUCUCUCUAUCGCUCCGCUCUCCCCAUCCGCUCUCUCUCUAUCUCGCCUCGCUCUUCCGCUUCUUCUAUCUCGCUCUCUCUCUAUCUCGCUUUCUCCUAUUCGCUCUCUCUAUCUCGCCCCUCUCUCUCUUCCAUCUGUCUCUCUCUCUCUCUCUUUUCUCUUCUCUUAUCACUCUCUAUCACGCUCUUCUCUAUCUUUGCACUCUCUCUAUCUCGCUCUAUCUCCUUCUCUCUAUCUCGCGCCUCUCUCUCGCUCUCUCUAUCUCGCUCUCCCCUCUAUCUCGCUUCUCUCUCUCUCGCUCUCCUCAUCUCGCUUCUCUCUAUCACGUCUUAUCCGCUCUCUCUGCACUCUCUCUAUCUCGCUCUCUCUCUAUCCCCUCUCCCCUAUCUCGCUCUCUCUCUAUCUUGCUCUCUCUAUCUCGCACUCUCCUCUACUCGCACCCUCUCUAUUCGCACUCUCUCUAUCUCGCUUUUCUAUCGCUCUCGCUCUAUCACGUCGCUUCGCUCCUCUCUAUCUCGCUCUCUCUCCUAUCGCUCGCUCUCUCUCUCUCUCCUAUCUCGCUCUCUCUCCUAUCUCGCUCUCUCUCCUAUCUCGCUCUCUCUCUAUCACGCUCUCUCUCUCUAUCUCGCACUCUCUCGCUCUCUCGCUCUCUCUUAUCUCGCUCUCUCUCUAUCUCGCUUCUUCCCCUAUUCGCUCUCUCUCUCAUCUCGCUCUCUCUAUUCGCUCUCUUCUUAUCUGCUCAUCUCCCAUCUUGCUCUCUCUCCUAUCUUUCUAUCCCUAUCUCCUUCUCUCCUAUCUCGCUAUCUCUCCUAUCGCUCUCUCUCCUAUCUCGCCUCUCUCCUAAUCUCGUCCCCUCUAUUCGCUUCUCUCCUAUCUCGCUCUCUCUCUAUCUCGCUCUUCUCUAUGUCUCUAUCUCGCUUUUCUCCUAUCGCGCUCUCUCUCUUAUCUCGCUCCUCCUAUCUCGCUCUCUCUCUAUCUCGCUCUCUCUCUAUGUCUCUAUCUCGCUCUCUCUCUAUCUCGCUCUCUCUCUAUCUCGCUCUUCGCUUUUAGCACUCUUCCAUCGCUCUCUCUAGUCUCUUCUCCUCUCUCUAAUCCGCUCUCUCUCUAUUCGCCUCUCGUAUCGCACUCUUCUAUCGUCUCUCUAUCUCGAUCUCUCUAUCGCAUCUCUCUAUCUCGCUCUCUUCAUCCGCUCUCGCUCUCUUCGGUCUCUCUCUAUCUUCUUUCUUAUCUCGCUCUCUUCCCAUCCGUCUCCUAUCGCUCUCUCUCCUAUCUCUUCUAUCUGCUCUCUCUCUCUCCUUCCUUCCCCUCCUCUUAUCACUCUAUCGCCUCUCUUAUCUCGACUCUCUUAUCUCGCUCUUUUUCGCUCUCUCUAUAUCUGGCUCUCUCUCUCGCUCUUCUAUCUCGCCUUCCCCUCUCUAUCCUCGCCUCUCUCUCUCGCUCUCUUCUAUCUCGCUCUCUCUCAUCAGUCUAUCACGCUCUCUCUCGCACUUCUUUCUGCUCUCUUUAUUCCUCUCUCUUAUCUCGCCUCCUUUUAUCUUGCUUCUUCUACCGCAUUCUCUUUUCGCACUUCUCUCUAUCUCGCACCUUCUCUAUCUCGCUCUUAUUGCUCUCGCCUCAUCCCUCCGUUGCUCUCCUUUUAUCCCCUCUCUCUCCUAUCUCGCCGCUCUUCCCCUUUUCUCCAUCUCGCUUCUCUCCUACUCGCCCUCUUCCAUUUGCUCCUUUCCAUAGCUCUCCCUCAUCUCGACUUUCCCCGCUCUCUCGCUUUCUCUAUUCGCUCUCUCUUAUUUCCCCCUCUUCCCCAUCUCGCUCUCUCUUCUAUUCCCCCUCUCUCUAUCCCCUCUCUCUCUACUUUCUCCUCUCCCCUUUUUCCUCUCCUAUCUUUCUCUCUUCCCCAUUCCCCUUUCUCCUAUCUCGCUUCUCUCCCAUUUGCUCUCUCCCUAUUCGUCUCUCUCCACUCGUUCUUCUAUCUCCCUCUUCUCCUAUCUCGCCCUUUUCUAUCUCGCUUCUCCCAUGUCUCUUCUCGCUCCUUCCUACCGUCUUUCAUCUCCCCUCUCUCGCUAUCUCGCACUUCUCUAUCCUCUCUCUUGUCUCAUCGCUCUCUCUCCUAUCCGCUCUUCUUUUUGCUCUUCGUAUCUCGCACUCUCUCAUCGCCCCUCUCUAUCCACUCUCUUAUCCGCACUCUUCCAUUCGCUCUCUUCUAUUCGCUCUAUCUCGCACUCUCUCUAUCUCGCACCCCUCUCAUCCGCACUUCCCCUUUUCUCCCAUUCGCUCUAUCCCUUCUUUUAUCCAUUCGCUCCUCUCUACCCUAUCCGCUUCUCUAUCCCCACCCGCUCUCGCUUCUUCUACUCGCUCUUCUCUAUCUCGCCUUCUCUAUCUCGCUCUCCUUCCUGCUUUCUAUCUGCUCUCUCUCAUCGCCUCUCAUCUGUUUUCUCUCUCCCACUGCUUCUUCCUCUCUCUCUUCUCUCCUAACCCUUUUAACGUUCUUCUUAUCUGCUCUCUCCUAUUUGCUUAUUCGCCUCUUCUUUCGCUUCUCUCUUUCCCCUCUCUUCAUCCGUUCUUUUCGCACUCUCUCUAUCCGCUUAUCUCGCUCUCUCCUAAACCAUCUCUCCUUUCUUUUCCAUCCCCUUCUCUCUUUCCUAUCUCGCUUUUCUAUUCCCCUCCGCAUCUGCCCCUUUUAUCUCGCUCCGCUCUUCUUCGCUUUUCUCCUAUUUGCUCUCUUAAACCGCCUCUCUCUCUUAUCUUGCCUUUUUCUUCUCUCUCUAUAAUUCUACACGCUCUCCUAUCCGCUCUCUCUCUAUCUGCUCUUCUCUAUCCGCUCUUCUCUUCUCGCUCUCCGCCUCUCCUUUUCAGUCUAUCACGCUCUCUCUCGACCUUUUUAUUCGUCUUUUCCCCUCUCUUCUAUCCGCUCUCUCUUAUCUGCACUCUUAUUUCCCCCUCCCCCUCUUUUCUCGCACUCUCUUCAUUCGUUCUCUCUCUAUCUCGCUUCUAUUCGCUCUGUCCUAUUUUGCUCUUCUCAUUCGCUCUCUCUCCUUCCGCUCUUCUUAUCUGCUUCUCUCCUACUCGCUUCUUCCUAUCACGUCUCUCUCCUAUUCGCACUUUCCCCUCUAUCUCGCUCUCUCUUUCGCUCUCUUCCUAUUGCUCUCUCUCUAUUUUCUCUCUUCCUAUCUCGUCUUUUCCAUUCGCUCUUCUCCAUUCGCCUCUCUCCUAUUGCUCUUUUCCACUCGCUCUCUUCCUACUCGCUCUCUUCCAUUUUUCCCCUCUCUCUAUUACUUCUCUCUAUUCCCCUCUCUUCCUAUCUGCCCUCUCUCUAUUCGUUUCUCUAUGUCCUAUCCGCUCUCUCUCUAUGCCUAUUCUUCUCUUUUCCCAUCUCGUCUUCUUAUCUCGCUCGCUUCGUACUCGCAUCUCUCUAUUCCUCUCUUCCCAUCGCUCUUUCUAAAUUUUGCACUCUUCUAUCUCGCUCUCUUUUCCCCAUUCUCGCACUCUCUCUAUCUCGCUCUCUCUAUAUCGCAAUCUCUUCUUCUCGCACUCUUCUCUAUUCUCGCACUCUCUCUAUCGCUGCACUCUCUCUAUCUCGCACUCUCUCUAUCUCGCACUCUCUCUCUAUCUCGCACUCUCGCUCUAUCUCGCACUCUCUCUCUCGCACUCACUCUCUCUCUAUCUCGCACUCUCUCUCGCACUCUCUCUCGAUCUCUCUAUCUCGAUCUCGGUCGCUCGUUCUCUCGCUCUCUCUAUCGCUCGCUCUUUCUCUCUAUCGCUCUCUCUCUCUCUCUAUCGCUCGCUAUUUCUCUCUAUCGCUCGCUCUCUCUCUAUCGCUCUCUCUCUCCCUCCCUAGUUGGCCAGGUGAAGUUUGACCCCCCGUUGAGGAAGGAGACAGAGCCCCAUCAUGAGCUGGUGAGUAGCCUGGUCCUGCAGUGUCCCCCUGAUACCACUGUGGCUGAACCCUGUGUGUCGGUGCCGUAACAGGAACAAAAAAACAUAGAUCGGCCCCCUUAGCUGAGAUUCUGCUACAGUUCAAAUCACAAUGAAUGCAUAUCUGAUCUCAAGUCAUCCGUAUUAUCAAUCUCCCAGUGUAGCAUAUUCCCUGAACUUUUUUGUCCUCAAUUUGUCUGAAUGCACCCCUGGCAGAGGUUUCAGUGCAGGGUUCAUACGGCAUGCAUGGCCACCCCUCUUCUCUCCCCUCACUCUCAUCCCUCACUCUCAUCCCUCACUCCCUACCUCUCUUAUCAAUCCUCUCCCCUGCUUUAAUCCCUUUCUCUGAUUGGAUGGCAUUAACUUUGAAUUAACAGGUCUUUCUCACUCUGCCUGUUGAACAGCCCGACUCUGACCCUUUUUUGGACUGUGCAGAAGAGCUGUACUACACUGCGAGAUCUAAUCUGGUAUUUUCCCACAACUCUCCAUUUCUUCUUUUGGGUUGUCUCUCUGCUUCUUAACGCUUAACCGUCCUCUUUCAGUUCGCCUUGUCUCUUUCGCGAUUCUUUUUGAGUUUCUACGUUUGACAGAUGUCAGUAACUGUUUGUUAAUUUGUUUCUGUGAAGCUGUCUUCGCCUCAUUGGCUGUUUUUGUUGUUAUUCUGGUCUUAUGUUGGUUGUUAUUUGAACAGGAUGACCUUCAACUACACAACCGGUUAGACCUCACCAGCACAUUUUAAGGCUCUAGAGAGAGAGAGGAAUGGCGGGAUGGAGGAAAAACUGUAUAGAGAGAUGGAGGGUGUGGAAUGGAGAUAUAUAGGUAGAGGGAUGAUAUACUGUUGGGAGAGGGAUGUCUCUGUACAGCAGAUAGGUGGAUGAACCUCCUCAUAGGGAAAACCUGUGUGACUGACUUGGACCCCUGAGGCCAUGGCCUAUUAGAGCAGGAACAGAUCAAGCCCUAAGCUGCCAUUACCAGUCCCCCCUGCCUCCUUCUGCCAAAAUAUUACUGACUCCACAGUCACAGUUAAACUUGUUAGACCUCAUUUCUUUCUGUCAUAUACUGGGAGAUGUAUUGACGUGACUGAGGCAGCAGGAUAUGGCAGUUUGUUAGCAUAAGGUAAGAAUGUUAGCUGAGCUCUCUUUAGCUUAAUGUAGUAUGGCUAUGUCAGUUUGCGGUGUGUUGGCCCAUAGGAGUCAGGCUCUGUCACUUGGCUGUGAAGGGGGAAUACCGGUAUCUAUAUCCUCACUGGAAAAACCUAUAUGUCCACUGAUCUGAUGGACCCGCAAUGAUACUGUUCAGUAACGUCAGUCACAUUGAUGCAGUACACACACACACACACACACACACACGGAUGACUAUGUUAUGUGAAUGAUACAAAUGGAAAAUCUACUGUGUAAAGGUGUUGUAGUACAAGGGGCUAUACAGAGGUAUCUCAGCAGAAUUCGCUGCAACGGUAUGGGCGAAGGGUGGCUUUUGUGUGUGUGUUCCAUAGUGCAUAAUGCUGUCAUAUCCCUUUACUUUUAUCACACGUGCACAUUAGAAACAUCUACCAUAAUUCAAAGUGGUGUUUCUCUAAGCACCACUGCAGUGGUGACCUCUGACCUGUAGUGUCAUCAGCUCUCUGUGGGCGCUGUCUGCCAGCCCUGAGGUUGUUAUUCUCACGGAGUCAAGGUCCUGUAACGUCCUGGAUGGCCUGUUCGUUAGGGUCAUCACUGUGACCAGGGAGUCAUUAGGUUAGACCACACUCUGCCUUCUCUCUCUCCACACAAUCUCUACGUGUUUUUAGGUGUUGUGUUUAUGUAUGCGUCUCACCUCUUAAUAUAGUUGAUGCAGUACAGUAGGUAACCUGGGCCAUGGCUGUGUGUGUCGUUGUGUUUCAGAAACAGUCCUGUAAUUGUGAUAUGCCUCCCUCUAGGAUCUCCAGCGGGAGUAUGGACAGGAAUCUCCACACCUGACAGGAGGGAACAAGUAAGUCACACUUUCUGGGUUUCUACUCCUCGUCCUCCUCUAUUCUUCCUGUCCCUUCCCUAUGCUUGAUCAUCUUUCCUACCUAUCUCUCCUUCAUCUGUUCUCCUUGCCUCUCCAGCUCUCCUCUCUUCUUCUUUCAACUCUCCUCGCCUCCCCCGCUCUCUCUCUCUCUUCUUCACCUUCUCUUGUCCUCACCUCCCCCGCUCUCCCUUCCUCCUCUCCUGUCCUCCUGUUUUAUCUGAAUAGGGAUUAGCCCGAGCAGAUGGUGGUGUGGUACUGAGGUGACUUCCUGUAGAGAGAAAGGCAUCUGAUGCGUCUGAUCAUUUAUUCAUGACACCUUUCCUGGAACGCAGCUCAGCUCAGAAGAAGUGCCCUGUAAGCACUGUGUGUGUGAAAUAACAUAGACAGACUCGCAGCUGCUUAAACCUAGAAUGAUCUGCUCCAUAGCAGGAUGGGGUGGAGUGAUAGAUGGUGUGUUUUCUGUGUAUAGGAUAAAUCAGACGAGGAUUAUUGAAAAAGCCACUCCUUCCAGAUCUGAGGCACUCUGAAUCUUAUUCUGUUAUCUGAUUACUGAACAAUUGAUGUCCACAUUCCUUCACCCUUCUCACACUGGACAGACCCAUAGGGUUUAUAUUGUCACCUGCAUACACACACACACUGUUGCUUACACAUAGCUGACCUGACAGCUUCAUACAUCCCAGGUGAGUGUACAGCUUUGAGUGGCUAAGGUAAAUGUUCGAUGGGUUAUGAUGUCAUCUCAGCUGGGAUGAAACUCACACACACUCAAGCACGCUGAAUGAAUCUUCUCUGUGGUUUCCAUGGGUUUUUGCCCUGUAGCAUUAAAGAAUGUCAUGUUAAAUUAGGUCAGGUACCCCCCUCUGAGAAAUAAUGCCUUUACUCAUGUCAUGUGCGAUUAUGUCACUGAGUUGAUGCUUUUCGUCCUCCUUUUUUAACUUCUCCUUCGUUCAUUUCACUCGUUAUUUGACAGGAGUCUUCUCAAAUCAGUGGAGGAGGAGCUUAAGCAGAGGUGAGUUAGGCCACGCCCCUCAAGACUCGACCUGCAACUGCUCUGGUUUUUGAUUCGCUGACACGCCAUAACCGCGCUCACCCCAGCAGCCAAUCAAUGUUAACGCAGGACUAAUCCAGCCAAUCAGUGUCAAGCAAAACUAAUCUGCUCUGACUGCUGCAUUAUGGCAUGAUUCUAUUGUGUCCGUUGUUGUUCAAUGUUUCCAAUCAGGACAGGCUGCGCUGUGAGAUCACCAGACACCGUGAACUUCAAAAAAGCAUGGCUUAUACACUGACUUAAUUACUUAGUAUAUAAGCCCUAUCUAGUUACAGUCUAUAGUGAAAUCACCCAGCCCUAUAAGUAAGAUGAGUAAAAUUAGCAAAAUAGAGCAUUAAGGUUUAGUAAGCCACAUUCUUAUUUGGUUUAAUUCUAUAGCCAUGUAGUCCUUUAGUUAAGCUGUACCUUUAUGUAGUUUUAAGUGUUGUCAUUAUGUUACGCUAGCCGUGUAGUUCGAGUUAAUUUCCCCUUGUCUCAGUGUCUCCUCCCAGUGGGUAAAAGAGGAGAGCAGCUUGACUUUGCCUCUUGGCCUCUUUGCCUUGCUGUGAGCCCCCCCCAUCUCCUCGGGGGUCAUAUGGCACAUUUAGAGACUGAUGAUGAUGAAACUCAACAGUAAGUCAUUUCAUUCAUUUCAUUUCAGUCAUUUAGCAGACACUCUUUUCCAGAGCGACUUACAGUUAGUGAGUGCAUACAUUUUCAUACUGGCCCCCCGUGGGAAACGAACCCACAACCCUGGCGUUGCAAGCGCCAUGCUCUACCAACUGAGCUACAGGGGACUGUAAGUUCUUCUCGUGUUUUAGUCCAUCCGCCCUCUCUGAGGAGGAGGAGGAGGAAGGCUACCUCUUCCAGUUUCAUUCACACAUCUUCAUGCCGGAUUUCACACCAUCACGCCCGUUCUGUGCUUUUAGUGCCCUCCUGUGCUCCCUCUCCGUCUCUCUGCACCGCCUUGAUUCCUCCAACGGUUGAGUUUGAUCUAUGGACUCAGACAUGGGUCUCGUUCAUUAAGACAGUAGAGCAGAACUUGACCCCUGCCAUUCCUUAUCUUUUUCUUGGUGUGUGUUCAUCAUUCUGUGACACCUGCUUCCAUGCUUGCUGACCUCGGUGUGUGUUCAUACCGCCUUUUUGCCAUCUGUUCCCGAUGUGUGUUCUCACUGCUUGUAUCCUUUCUUGUUUAAAACCCUUUCCACCUGUUUAACCCUAGUGCCACUCAGGUUUGUGUUCUCAUGGUGAUGUUGAACUUGUGACUCUGUUUGAUUGGUGCCAUGUCUAUGUCCGUCAUGAUUGAGUGGUCUCUGAUUGGCUCAUACUGUACAUACACAUUACAUUGACUGGGCCGUUGGGAUACCCUGUUCAAGGGAAUGCUAACAUCUUGUGUGUCAGUUGUCUUGUGGUGUUUUCGGGGGUUGACAGACCUUUGUUGUCUUUACCCACACCUGACCUGUUGUCUAAAACUAUGUUGUGUUACUUAGUUGUCUAAUACUGUGUUGUGAUAGAAGACCAUGUUGUUUGAAGUGAUAGUCUGUCAAUGUGUCUGUCAUUCUGUCUUAACACUUAUUGUGACAGCGAUGUUUUGUAGCUGUCAAUAUGUGGAACCUUCGGAAUCUUGUCACUGUCUAACAAACCUAACCCCAACUCAAUCUCUCCCUCUAGCAAACACAGCACCAUCAUGAGGCCCAAAGUCCCACCUCCACUGCCCCCCAAGGUAGGACCACUAGCAUAUGUCAUACUGCAGCAUUUUGGAUCACAAUCAAACAACCACGACUACUAUUUAGUGGAAAGGACCCUCGAGCAAAAUUCUGAGUUGCAUACAUCAAUAUUUUCUCUCAAAGCUAAUUCAAACUAUUGACAUUACAUUUGUAAGAUGGGCAGCAGAGCUUGACCCAUGAGUAAUAAAAGGGCAGGCAUUAAUCAACCUCUAGAGAUUGUCUACCUUUCUGCUGUCUCUCUCGCUCUCUCUGUGUCUCAUCUCUCCAUUUCCUCCCACUCUCCCUCCAGCCCAAGUCUAUCUGUCCGCCCCAGGAGAGCCCGUCCCAGGGAGAGGACGAUGGAGGUGGAGGGGGGACCAUCAAGCGCUGCCCCGUACCCGAGAGCCCCGCCCGACCCGCCUCAAAUGUACCCCCCCGCCCUCCACCCCCACGCCUGCCCCCCCACAGACGCAGUAGCCUAGGUAACGAGAGUACACAGAGCCAGGCUGGCUCAGAGCCCGAGGGGAAUGAUGAUGGGAGCUUUAGGCAUUUCUGGGAGUGGCUUCAUGCCCCACACACGGAAGAGGAAUUGGAAGAUGUGUUGGAGGAGGAGGAGGAGGAGGAAGAAGAGAGUAAGGCCGGCCGAUUGGUAGCCCCGUAGACGUCGCUCCUCCCUGAUUGGUUGUUAGUCCCAUCAAUCAGCAUCCGUAGUGUCUCGCACCGCCGCUCCCUCCCUCCCCUCCCCCUUUCCUCUGUCUGUCUGUGGAUGUAUAUAGUGCGGUGUUGUUGCUGCAGUCAUGUGACCCUCUCUGCAACCAAACUCCUGCCUCCUUUCUCCCAUCGUUGAUAUCACAUGUUCUCUAUGAAGCAAUCAAAAUGUUAUUGAACUCUGAAUGUAAUCAAGCAUUCGAAAUGUGAUACGCCAUUCUCAGUUCAGUAUGUUAGCAUGAUCGAAUCAUUUAGUUUGAGAGAUGUCCCACUCUUGUAAUCCUAACCAAACAUAUUCCAUUAAUACUGAUAAGUAGUAAUUAGAUUUUAGCAUAUGUGCGUACGUCUCAGUAGAACACUCACACCAUUGAUCUACUGUCUAUUCAGGCAGCCCAAUUCUGAGCUUUUUCCACUCAUUUGUCUUUUGACCAAUCAGAUCAGCUCUUUUGCAAAUAAUUGGGCAGAAGAUCAGAAUUAGACUGCCUGUGUAAAUGCAGCUUUAAUCUCAUGCACAUACACACACGUGUUGAACACCACACACACUCACACACACACAGAGGCAUGCGCACACACACACACACACACACACACAGACAGAGGUAUGCACACACACACACACACACACACACACAGAGGCAUGCACACACUCACCGAGGUAAGUGUAAUAAACAUGUCUCCCGCUGCAGGUAAUGGAUUGAGCUCUCACCAGAAUGGAGAGAAGGACAGUGCUACUGAGAGGCAGUCCACCAUGCCCCCUAGUGUCCCCAUACGGAAAGACAAGAAGGACAUUCCUGUAAUGCCACCAGAUCCUGCACACUCUCCUUAUUAACAGUGACAUUUCAAUACAUUCCCUUUCAUUCCACACUAGGGCAUCACCACACUGAUGUAUUAUUAAAGCCAGUAAACCAUUCAUCUAAAACGAAUGUGGACCAGUGAUCAUCAACCUUAUGUGUCUCUCUGUAUGCAUCUCCUCCCCCUCUUUUCAGAAGCCUGUCAGUAAUGGUCUCCCACCCACACCCAAGGUCCAUGUGAGUAUGAUGCUAACAGACAUGCUAACUUACUGAAACAUUAUGAAUCGAAGUCAAAAGUGGUGUUGGCCUCUAAAAUGGAGCUUUCAAAACAAGACCUUUCAAGAAAAGAUUACUAUUGUGUUUGGCUUCCCUCUAACUGUCCAUCCUCCAUCGUUCUUGCUCCUCAGAUGGGGGCCUGUUUCUCCAAGGUGUUCAACGGCUGCCCGUUGAAAAUCCAUUGUGCCACAUCCUGGAUCAACCCAGACACCAGAGGUAGGACAUUGGGAAAACAACGUAGCGUAGCCUAUCAGUGGCUCGGGUGUCACUUUUUACAUCUUUAUUGUCAUGACUUAUUACAUGAAUCGUUGCCAUGUUGAUGAUUUUGAUUAAAGGGGUACUUCGGGAUUUUGGCAAUUAGGCUCUUUAUCUACUUUCCCAGAGUCAGAUGCACUCAUGGAUACCAUUUUUAUUUCUGCAUCCAGUAUGAGGGAAGUUAGAUGUAGUUUUGCGAGUCAAUGCUUACUAACAUUAGCACAAUGACUGGAAGUCUAUGGUAUCUACUAGCAUGCUAGCAGUUACCAUAGACUUCCAGUCAUUGCGCUAACUCUAGUUAGCAAUUGCGCUGAUGCUAGUUAGAAACAUCCUUUAAACUGCAUGCAGAGACAAAAAAAAUGUAUCCACAAGUUCAUCUGACUCUGGGAAAGUAGAUAAAGGGCUUCAUUGCCAAAAUCCUGAAGUAUUCCUUUAACAUGACUAAUAGGCUCUUUGUUUUGUCUUUGUUUCAGACCAAUAUUUGAUAUUUGGUGCUGAGGAGGGGAUCUACACUUUAAACCUGAAUGAACUGCACGAGACAUCAAUGGAGCAGGUUUGAUCUGGUUGAAGUAACAUAUUGCUCACAAGGCUUUUUUUCUUCAAUGGAGGAUUCUAAAUGUUGUUUCAAAUCUUUAUUGGCUCUCUCCAUCCGUUCUGUCCCCAGCUCUUUCCCCGGCGGUGCACUUGGCUUUAUGUUAUGAAUAACUGCUUGCUCUCUAUAUCUGGUAAGACUAUCUUGGACCUACAGUGAGGGGAAAAAAGUAUUUUAUCCCCUGCUGAUUUUGUACGUUUGCCCACUGACAAAGACAUGAUCAGUCUAUAAUUUUAAUGGUAGGUUUAUUUAAACAGUGAGAGACAGAAUAACAACAAAAAAUUCCAGAAAAACGCAUGUCAAAAAUGUUAUAAAUUGAUUUGCAUUUUAAUGAGGGAAAUAAGUAUUUGACCCCUCUGCAAAACAUGACUUAGUACUUGGUGGCAAAACCCUUGUUGGCAAUCACAGAGGUCAGACAUUUCUUGUAGUUGGCCACCAGGUUUGCACACAUCUCAGGAGGGAUUUUGUUCCACUCCUCUUUGCAGAUCUUCUCCAAGUCAUUAAGGUUUCGAGGCUGACGUUUGGCAACUCGAACCUUCAGCUCCCUCCACAGAUUUUCUAUGGGAUUAAGUUCUGGAGACUGGCUAGGCCACUCCAGGACCUUAAUGUGCUUCUUCUUGAGCCACUCCUUUGUUGCCUUGGCCGUGUGUUUUGGGUCAUUGUCAUGCUGGAAUACCCAUCCACGACCCAUUUUCAAUGCCCUGGCUGAGGGAAGGAGGUUCUCACCCAAGAUUUGACGGUACAUGGCCCCGUCCAUCGUCCCUUUGAUGCGGUGAAGUUGUCCUGUCCCCUUAGCAGAAAAACACCCCCAAAGCAUAAUGUUUCCACCUCCAUGUUUGACGGUGGGGAUGGUGUUCUUGGGGUCAUAGGCAGCAUUCCUCCUCCUCCAAACAUGGCGAGUUGAGUUGAUGCCAAAGAGCUCGAUUUUGGUCUCAUCUGACCACAACACUUUCACCCAGUUCUCCUCUGAAUCAUUUAGAUGUUCAUUGGCAAACUUCAGACGGCCCUGUAUAUGUGCUUUCUUGAGCAGGGGGACCUUGCAGGCGCUGCAGGAUUUCAGUCCUUUCAGUGUUUUCUUGGUGACUAUGGUCCCAGCUGCCUUGAGAUCAUUGACAAGAUCCUCCCAUGUAGUUCUGGGCUGAUUCCUCACUGUUCUCAUGAUCAUUGCAACUCCACAAGGUGAGAUCUUGCAUGGAGCCCCAGGCCGAGGGAGAUUGACAGUUCUUAUGUGUUUCUUCCAUUUGCGAAUAAUCGCAGCAACUGUUGUCACCUUCUCACCAAGCUGCUUGGCGAUGGUCUUGUAGCCCAUUCCAGCCUUGUGUAGGUCUACAAUCUUGUCCCUGACAUCCUUGGAGAGCUCUUUGGUCUUGGCCAUGGUGGAGAGUUUGGAAUCUGAUUGAUUGAUUGCUUCUGUGGACUGGUGUCUUUUUAUACAGGUAACAAGCUGAGAUUAGGAGCACUCCCUUUAAGAGUGUGCUCCUAAUCUCAGCUCGUUACCUGUAUAAAAGACACCUGGGAGCCAGAAAUCUUUCUGAUUGAGAGGGAGUCAAAUACUUAUUUCCCUCAUUAAAAUGCAAAUCAAUUUAUAACAUUUUUGAAAUGCGUUUUUCUUGAUUUUUUUGUUGUUAUUCUGUCUCUCACUGUUCAAAUAAACCUACCAUUAAAAUUAUAGACUGAUCAUUUCUUUGUCAGUGGGCAAACGUACAAAAUCAGCAGGGGAUCAAAUACUUUUUUCCCUCACUGUAUAUUGUCUUACUUUGUUGUUUGUUCUGUAUCUAGUAAUGGUUUUGCAGUAGUAGGAGUAAUGUGCUGCUCUGGUAUUUUGACAUUUCUUUGCCAAAAAAGGUAGACAUUUAAAGGCACUCGCCUUUAAAACUUUUACUCUGGAAAAUUGAGGCAGGAAUUUCUCUGUUUAAAUGAUGUCUGCCCUUUCCCGAAAAAUAUAAUAUUGCCCUGUAAGGUGUGUUUUGGAAGCAGACUUUUUGUCUUUUCUUUUUGGGGUCAUAAAUUGCCCUUUAAAAGUUUAAAAGUCUAGCUGAAAAUCUUAUUUUGUAUUGCUUCAGGAAAAGCCUCCCAGCUCUACUCUCAUAACGUAGCUGGUCUGUUUGAGCAUGCCCGGCAAAUGCAGAAGUUACCCAUGGCCAUUCCCACACACAAACUCCCAGACAAAAUGAUUCCAAGGUAGGAUAUGUGAGGUAUUUUCAUUCAUUUGAGUUUGAACUUGGGGUGUUUAAGGGGAUACAUAUAAAACUGAUUUCUUGUUCCUUAUGAUCCUUGUAGGAAGUUUGCCGUAUCUAAUAAGAUUCCAGACACAAAAGGGUGCCAAAAGUGCUGUGUAGGUGAGUUCUCAGGAGGGUGGAGUGCCCACACGAAACUGUAUGCAUACACAUACUGUAAGUCGCUUUGGAUGAACGCGUCUGCUAAAUGGCAUAUAUUAUCAACUGCUGCAUGGCACCAUUCUUGAGGAUCGUUCCAAAUAAUGCAUAAGAUAUCAUAUUGAUAGAGUAUAGCUCAGAGUUCAAAGAAAGAUUGUAAGAGACCUUGAAUGUGUUUGUUUGUGUACAGUGAGGAACCCAUACAGUGGGCACAAGUACCUGUGUGGAGCAUUCCAGUCCAGUGUGGUUCUGCUGGAGUGGGUGGAGCCCAUGCAGAAGUUCAUGCUCAUCAAGGUCAGUCAGUGUGGGUCAGUUCAGGUCAUUCUGGGGCAGACUGACUGAGGAUGACUAAUGGGUUAUAAUGGACCCUAUCUGGCUUGGAUAAACCUAAUGCAGUCCUGUUCAGAAAGCUUAUUAGAUUGACUAAAGUAGUGUGCAAACAUUGCUUGUCUCUAACAGAGUUCAAAUUAUUCAUGUCAUCUGUGGUGUGUAACGGCAUGCUAAAUCUAUCUCCUGUGUCUCUUCUGUAGAACAUCGACUUCCCCCUGCCAUGUCCUCUGGAGGUGUUUGAGAUGCUGGUGGUACCGGAGCAGCAGUACCCUCUCAUCUGUGUGGCCGUCAGCAAGGGCACCGAGCUCAGCCAAGUGGUCCGCUUCGGCACGGUCAACCCCAACUCAACCUCCUCCUGGUUCACAGAGGCCGGUCAGUGGAACAUGGUCACGCCGAUGAUGAUGAUAGUGAUGAUGAUCUUCAUUAGGACGAUGAUUGUUUCUAAUGAGUUGUUUUUCUGUCCCCUCAGAUACGCCCCAGACGUGUGUCAUCCACGUCACCCAGUUAGAGAGGGACACCAUAUUAGUUUGUCUCGACAGUACGUUUUACUUCCCCGCAACAACUUGACUAACCCAAAUAAUAAUUGUAUUCUCAAUGGAGAAAUUCCAGCUUCUGCAUAAAACUAUUUUCUGUGCUCAGGGUGUAUAAAGAUAGUGAACUUACAGGGAAGGUUGAAGUCAAGCAGGAAGUUAUCUGCUGAGCUGACGUUUAACUUCCAGAUCGAGGCGAUAGGUACGUUUCCAUAACCAUGGUAUUCACACUUCUACCCAGCCCAAAUAAACUAAAGACUGGGUCCUGUUGUGCUAAAGACAGAUAUUUCCAUCUGUGUAUACAUCUCUACGCAGAAAGAUAAUUCGAUAUCCUGAGAAUGUUUCUCCUGUGACGCAUUUCUCAGCUCGUAUCUGUGCUUUUUGUGGUUCAAUGUAACCCCCACGUGUCUUUGCAGUGUGUCUCCAAGAUAGCGUUCUGGCGUUUUGGAGACAUGGUAUGCAAGGACGGAGUUUCAAGACGAAUGAGGUAAGCUGAGGACAUUUAGGUGUGUGGAUGUCUGAGAGGAGUUGUUUCUUUGUGUACACUAGAGGGUAACCUUUUUUUCCUGUCACAUCCCGGUCCUGUUUAUAACAACAACAACAAAAAAUUAUCCUGUUGUAUGUGUUUGAAUAUUAUCUUAAAUGAUCCUUUGUCUGUCUGCACUCAAGAUCACCCAGGAGAUCUCUGAUAACACACGGAUCUUCAGACUGCUGGGAUCUGACAGGUGAGUAAAAUAAUCCAUGAUGCUCAAGGUCACCUCACCUGACACACUUGGACACACUCACAUACUUUGACCCCUUUCACUUUUACACUGGCAAUUAUAUUUUUUAUAAAUAUUUCUCUUUUAGCUAUUUCAGUUUACACUGGCGAUAACAUUAACAUGGAUGUUGUCAUGAUGGCCAUUUUGUUUUCGAAUGACCUGUUGCAGUAGUAUAGAACCCUGAUUGCCUGAAGUCUUUGGUGUUGUUGGUUUUAUGCAUGCUUGCUUGUCUCUUAAUGGCUUGUUUGAUUUUGUGAAUGAAGAAACUCUCAGCACGACAGUUCAGGGCAGGAGGGAGCCGCCAGUCUGCCCAGGUAUACUCACUGCUCCCUGGGUCACACCAGGUCUCGCCUAGCCUACAGACUCUCUGAUCUAUGAAUGUCCCCUGUGGGGACCCUGGAUUUCAUUCCGCCUGUAUGAGUGUGUGGGUGUGUGUCUAAUGCUCCUAUAAUCUCUGAACCCAUUGUAUUUCUGUUUUCUUGGGUCAGUAACUACUUUGUUACAGCACGUUGACCCUCUUAACAUGAUGGAAUUUGUCUAUGGGGCUUGAGUAUGUUCUGAAUAGGAUCUGGGCUUGUGGAUGUUGGGGCGUCUGUUGGUGUGAAAGUGUUUUUUCUGUGUGUGACGCUUACAUCCUUAAUCCUCCUGGUCCCCUCUGGGAUGUAUACUUUCACAGUGUGAGGCUGAUCUGAACAUGAUCUUGUGUGUUUUAGAGUGGUGGUGUUGGAGAGCAGGCCGACAGACAACCCCACAGCACCCAGCAACCUCUACAUCCUGGCUGGACACGAGAACAGCUAC